GCGGGGCGGGGAGCAGAGCGCCAACCCGGGCACUGGGGAGCCCCCGCGCGCUACCCGGAUCGCUGCCAGCCAUGGCCUGCGCUGACCAGCUCCUCGCCGUGCUGGCCACGCUCCUCGCCGCAGCCUCUACAGGCGGAGACGCCAGGCCCAGCAAAAUUGCUGUGGUUGGGGCCGGGAUUGGAGGCUCCGCGGUGGCCUACUUCCUGCAGCAGCACUUUGGACCCCGGGUGCAGAUCGAUGUGUACGAGAAGGGUACUGUGGGUGGCCGCCUGGCUACCAUCUCAGUCAACAAGCAGCACUAUGAGAGUGGAGCGGCCUCCUUCCACUCCCUGAGCCUGCACAUGCAAGACUUCGUCAAGCUAUUGGGGCUGAGACACCGGCGCGAGGUGGUGGGCAGGAGCGCCAUCUUCAGCGGGGAGCAUUUCGUGCUGGAGGAGACCGACUGGUACCUGCUGAACCUCUUCCGCCUCUGGUGGUACUACGGCAUCAGCUUCCUGAGGCUGCAGAUGUGGGUGGAGGAGGUCAUGGAAAAGUUCAUGAGGAUCUAUAAGUACCAAGCCCACGGUUAUGCCUUCUCGGGGGUGGAGGAGCUGCUCUACUCACUGGGAGAGACUGCCUUCGUCAACAUGACCCAGCGCUCUGUGGCCGAGUCCCUGCUCCAGGUGGGCGUCACACAGCGCUUUAUCGACGAUGUUGUCUCCGCUGUCCUGCGGGCCAGCUACGGCCAGUCAGCGGCGAUGCCCGCCUUCGCCGGCGCCAUGUCCCUGGCCGGGGCCCAAGGCAGCCUGUGGGCAGUAGAAGGGGGCAACAAGCUGGUGUGUUCCGGUUUGCUGAAGCUCACUAAGGCCAAUGUGAUCCACGCCACAGUGACCUCUGUGACCUUGCACAGUGCAGAAGGGAAGCCCCUGUACCAAGUGGAGUAUGAGAGCGAGGUGGGCAGUGGUUCUGACUUCUACGAUAUUGUGGUUAUCGCCACUCCCCUGCACCUGGACAACAGCAGCAGCAACUUCACCUUUGAAGGCUUCACCCCUCCCAUCGAUGGCGUCCUUGGCUCUUUCCAGCCCGCAGUCGUCUCCCUGGUCCAUGGCUAUCUCAACUCUUCCCACUUUGGCUUCCCCGACCCUAAGCUCUUCCCUUUCGCCAACAUCCUCACCACAGAUUUCCCUAGCUUCUUCUGCACUCUGGACAACAUCUGCCCUGUCAACAUCUCAGCCAGCUUCCAGCGGAAGCAGCCUCAGGAAGCAGCUGUCUGGCGAGUGCAAUCCCCCAGGCCCCUCCUUCGGACCCAGCUGAAGACCCUCUUCCGUUCCUAUUACUCAGUGCAGAUGGCCGAGUGGCAGGCCCACCCCCUGUACGGCUCCCACACCACCCUCCCUAAGUUCGCACUCCAUGACCAACUCUUCUACCUCAAUGCCCUGGAGUGGGCGGCCAGCUCCGUGGAGGUGAUGGCCGUAGCCGCCAAGAAUGUGGCCUUGCUGGCUUACAACCGCUGGUACCAGGACCUGGACAAAAUUGACCAAAAGGAUUUAAUGCACAAGGUCAAGACUGAACUGUGAAGGGUCCAGAAAGAGCCCAGGAACUUCUGUCCCACACUGAAGAUGGAUCACAACCCUAGCAAGCAGCCCAGGAUCGACUAAGCCACAAUCAACCCUGAGCCAUUCUUUCUGACCUUUGUGUAUCCAGCCUCUUUACUCUCCAUACUGGGUCCAAGUGACCCACUGUCUGCCUGUCUAUCUUAAGGACCUUUACAGUGAUUACUUCUUUAAACUAGACAGAAAGGGGAAGGAAAUCCAAGCCAAUGUGUUUGCUUUAUUUAUUUU